AUGGCGGCUAGACACUCCGGAACUCCUGGGACGUAUCUUGAGCCUCUCGCAUCAGGACAUCAUUCUCACCUCCUCGCGGUUCAUGCUCGACACUUCCUCGCGGUUCAUGCAGGACGCCCCCUGGCCCUGCUGAAGGACAGGGACUUGGCCUCGGAGGACACCAGGUGGGAGCCGCUGGUGGAGGACGGCAGGCGCCGCAGCUUCUCGUACGUGCUGCGGCGGCACCGCACGGGGCUCUCCGAGGAGGAGCUGUCGCGCUGGUUCCAGGCCUUGCACCCGAAUAACGCGGGCGUGGGCACUGGCUCGUGGACCGACGCUGCCUACCAGGGCCGGCGGCUGCUGCGGAAGACGGCCUGGUACGUGGCGCCGCCCUGCACGUGCGCGUACGACUACGCGGACACGCACCAGGACGUCGUCACCAGCCCCGCCUUCCGGGGAACGAUCGAGGAGAUCACAGUCCGGGUGGCAGAGGUUUGCGGCCUGGCCGACCCGCCGAACAGCGUGAAUCAGUUUUCGCUGCCGCGGCCAGGAUUGCAGAGGGACACGUGCAUCAUCUCGCUGUCGCUGACGGAGCCUGGGGAGGUGGGCUGUGGUGUGGGCAGCCGCUGGUUUGAGGUGAAGCUCAAGCGGGCCUUCUGCCUGGGCGCUGCGGACCGUCGCACGCGGGCCGUGGAGCUCCGCUGGGGGCUUUGCGCGGCUCGGGCCCCGCCACUGUGGCUCGAAAAUGGGGCCCUGGUUGGAGGUUGCUAA